AUGUCCAAGGUUCAGCAACAAUAGCCAUCGAUAUUAAAUGGAAUAAAUUAAAAAGUAGAAGAAAUAGUAGAAUUCAUUAAUAAUCCUGCUAUAGAAAAAAUACCAGAUGUAAUUACUCAUAUCUAGCAAUUAUCUAAUAUGAAAUAUUAACUAUAAAUUGAAUAUUUCACAUCAAAAUAUUGUGCUCUCUCUGGAAAUUACUUUAAUGAAAAUAAUAAGGAUGAUAUUAUAUAUCAUGAUGGUUAUUAUUUUUUAGCAUCUUAAGUUAAAGAAUAUUAUAGAAGAGGGGAAUAUUAUGAUAUUUCAAUAGGAGAUUUAGAAUUUGAGUAUUAUAAUGGAAUUACAAAUAUAUCUGUUUAAAUUGAAUUAACAGAAGAAUUUAUAAACAAAAUAUUUAAGAAUUAGGUUUAAUAAGUACUUAAAAAGUAAUAUUUUAAAGAAGCUUUAGAUUUGAAGAAUAUUAUCAAAAUUAAGAAUAACCAAUCGAAUUUAUUUGUUAAAAAACAAAAAAAAUAUAUUAUAUUUCAGAUAGAAUCAAAUUUAAUGAUUAAGAUGUGAGUAUUUAUUGGGCAAUAGAAAAUGUUCAUUUAUUAGAUGAAGUUUAAAGAUAAUAUAUUUAAGAAUAUAAGAAAAUGCUCUCAUAAAUUUCUUUAUUUUAUUGA